AUGGCGGCCUCCUCUUCCCGCGGCGCCGCCGCGGCUGCCGACGACGACGACGAGCCCUACCUCCUGGGCUUCCUCGUCUCCAAGAUCGUCGGCAUGCGCUACUACCACGGCAAGAUCUCCGGCCGCGAGACCGUCGGCCUGGUCCGCGAGCCGCUCAACCGGUACGACAGCAACGCCAUCGCCGUCUUCAACGCUCGCAACGAACAGGUCGGCCACCUCCCGGGCACACUCGCGAAGGUGCUCGCCCCGCUCCUCGACUCCCACCUCAUCGCCGCGGCGCAGGGCAUCGUGCCCCGGUCGGGCUCCAAGGUCAACCCCAACGCCUACAACCUCCCCUGCCAGAUCCACCUCUUCGCGCGCCCCGCCGCCGCCGCCGUCGUCGAGGCCGCGCUCCACGAGGCUGGCCUCGACCUCAUCCACGCCGACCACCCCGAGUUCGCCCUCUCCCAGGCCGCCGCGGUCAUGGAGCGGACCAAGAAAGGCGACCGGGACGUCGAUAAGCUCUUCUCGCUUGUGUGGAAGAAGGAAGGGAAGAACCAGAUUCAGCCCAUGGACCCGCCCGGGGAUGUCGUGCUAUCCGAGCUCUUCGGCCACCAGAAGGAGGCGCUGGGGUGGAUGGUGCACCGGGAGGAGUCCGACGACCUGCCGCCCUUCUGGCAAGAAGGUGAAGAUGGGGGAUUCGAGAACGUGCUCACCAAUCAGAAGACGGAGAAACGGCCGCCGCCGCUAAAGGGCGGGAUCUUUGCUGAUGAUAUGGGGCUAGGGAAGACGCUUACGCUCCUGUCAUUGAUCGGGAGGACUAAAGCUCGCAAUGUGGGUGUGAAGAAGGCUAGAGGGGGCAAGCGGAGGAAGGUCGAGGAUGCAGGGGAGGGAUCGCGGAGCACACUUGUCGUGUGUCCACUGUCAGUGUUCUCAUCUUGGGUGACACAGCUGGAGGAGCACUUAAAAGCAGGCAGCCUGAAAGUUUACAUGUACCAUGGCGAGCGGACGAGAGAUAAGAAGGAGCUGUUGAAGUAUGAUCUCGUUCUUACCACUUACAGCAUCUUGGGGACAGAAUUUGGGCAGGAGGACUCACCGGUGAAGGAUAUUGAAUGGUUUCGUGUGAUUCUAGAUGAAGCACAUGUGAUCAAGAAUUCUGCAGCACGGCAGACGAAGGCGGUCAUUGCUUUGAAUGCAGAGAGGCGGUGGGUGGUCACUGGGACACCCAUUCAGAACAGCUCAUUUGAUUUAUACCCCCUCAUGGCAUUUUUGAGAUUCCAGCCUUUCUCAAUCAAGAGCUACUGGCAGAACUUGAUCCAGCAACCCUUAGAGAAAGGGAAUAAGACUGGUUUGUCACGGUUGCAAAACCUCCUAGGCGCUAUUUCACUGCGCAGAAUCAAAGACAUAGACAUUGGAACCAAGAGCAUGGUUGACCUUCCCUCCAAAACUGUUUUGGCAUGUUAUAUUGAUCUUUCUGCAGAGGAGCGUGAAUACUAUGAUCAGAUGGAACAGGAAGGGAGAAACAAAAUGCAGGAAUUUGGUGACAGGGAUUCGAUUUUGAGUAAUUACUCAACUGUGCUUUAUUUCAUUCUGAGGCUCCGCCAGCUCUGUGAUGAUGUUGCAUUGUGUCCUUUAGACAUGAAAGCAUGGUUUCCUGCAAACUCUAUCGAAGACGUGUCCAAAAAUCCAGAGCUGUUGAAGAAACUGGCCUCAUUGGUUGACGAUGGAGAUGACUUUGACUGUCCGAUUUGCCUCUGUCCACCAACUAAAACUAUCAUAACCAGCUGCACUCACAUAUACUGCCAAACCUGCAUCCUGAAAAUCCUCAAGAGCUCCAGUUCCCGCUGUCCAAUAUGCAGGCGCACCUUAUCCAAAGAGGACCUCUUCCUUGCUCCAGAGGUAAAGCAUCCUGAUGAAGAUGGAUCAAGCAAUCUUGAGUCUGACAGGCCCCUCUCCUCCAAGGUUCAAGCAUUGCUGAAGCUGCUGAAGGCUUCACAGAGUGAAGACCCCUGGUUGAAGUCUGUUGUUUUUAGUCAGUUCAAGCAGAUGCUGAUCUUGCUGGAAGCUCCCCUCAGGAAGGCAGGCUUUAAGACACUACGUCUCGACGGCUCAAUGAGCGCAAAGAAGAGGCUGCAAGUCAUCCAAGAAUUCACUCACGGUGGCCCUGACUCCCCAACUGUGCUACUGGCCAGCUUGAAAGCCGCGGGAGCCGGCGUGAACCUCACAGCUGCCUCGACUGUGUACCUGUUUGACCCGUGGUGGAACCCUGGGGUAGAGGAGCAAGCCAUGGACAGGGUGCACCGGAUCGGACAGAAGAAAGAAGUGAAGGUGAUAAGGCUCAUCGUGAAGGGCAGCAUCGAGGAGAGGAUACUGGCCAUGCAGGAGAGGAAGAAGCGGCUGAUCAGCAGUGCAUUUGGGAAGAAGGGAAGCAAGGAUGAUAAGGAGAUGCGCGUCGAAGAGCUCCGGAUGAUGUUGGGCCUAGAUAACUAA